AUGAGCCAAAUAAAAACCAUCCACAAUCCCAUUGGGUCACUAAAGAGGUUUUUGGAUCUUCUCUGGAUCACUUUCAUCCUUUUCAUGACUCUCAAAGGCGGCACGAAUGGAGCUUGUGCCGCAUGCAAGUACCAGCGCAGACGCUGCGCAGCCGACUGCCCACUCGCCCCGUAUUUCCCAGCAGAACAACCAAAACUGUUCCAAAACGUUCACAGACUGUUUGGCGUUAAAGGCAUCGUGAAGAUCCUCGAGAAUCUCGAUGAAGCUCAGAAACCUGAAGCCAUGAAAUCAAUCAUAUUUCAGUCUUAUGUCCGUGACCGUAACCCUGUCCAUGGUUGUCUAGGUAUCACACAACAUCUUCAAUACAUGAUCUGGCUGGCCGAGGAAGAACUCAAAGCUGUCAAUUCACAAUUACACCUCUACCGCAACCAACAAAACAACAACAAUAAUGGUCAAAAUCAUCAUCAUAACCAAAUGAUUCAUGAGAUUGGUGAAAAGCAAGAGGAUAUUACAUCACAGCUCGACUUAGGAAUGGGACUUCCCAUUAACAAUAAUCCAAGUACAUCAUUCUUUAGUCCUUUAAACGUUUCUGAAACACAGCAACACCCUUACACUUAUGAGGCUAAUAACAAUAACAAUGGGUAUAGCCCUUCUGCUACGUAUACAAAUUCUAAGGAGAUUCUCACCAAUACUUCAUUGGCUUGGGGUCAGAAUGGAUUUCCUUAUCAUAACAGUGGAUUCAUCAAUCAAAACGAGAGCUGUAACGAGAUCAAGAGCAAUAACGGUGUGAUGGCCAUACAGUCACAGCUCGUUAAUCUUCAAAUGGUAUCGAAUCAGCAAGAGGGAGAAGGAGAUGAUGUUCACGAAUACGAUGAAAUCCAUCAGUUCCUCGACAUCAUCGAUGACAGGCAAUCAUUUGCGGAUUCCAAAGAAGCUUACGCCUCAAGCUCCGGUGAAUCGCUGAAGGAACCGAUAGGUGAAAUUGGAGAGAACGAGUUGAGGAGUGCGGCAACUUGCUUCAGUCUGACUAGUGUGAGCUGA